AACUUUCCGAAAAUGGUAAGAGCGGUGGGCUGUCGGGCGCGGCGCGCGUACGCUUCCGCGCGAGCGCGCGCUGAUUAGCCACGUCCCAUUUCCUCCCUCCGAGAUCCCCAAAACCCAAACGGAAAAUUUGGGUGGAGAAAGGAAAAAAAAAAAAAAACAGGCUGGAACCCUAGUGGCGGCGAUGGGGCGCGGCGGCGGCGGGCGGUUGAAGAAGGAAGAGGAGGAGGAGCUGCGGGCGGCGAAGCGGGGGUACAAGGAGGCGCUGUCGGAGGGGAACCGGGAGGAGGAGGCGCGCUGGGCCAACGUCAUCGGCGACAUCCACAAGCGCCGCGGCGAGUACGUCGAGGCGCUCCGCUGGCUGCGGACCGACUACGAGGUCUCCGUCAAGUACCUCCCCCAGCGCCACCUCCUCCCCUCCUGCCAGUCUCUCGGCGAGGUCUACCUCCGACUCGGCCGCUUCUCCGAGGCCCUCACUUACCAGAAGAAGCACCUACAGCUUGCAAAGGAGUCUGAUGACCUUGUUGAGCAGCAGCGAGCUAGCACACAGCUUGGGAGAACAUACCAUGAAAUUCUUCUGAGGUCUGAAAAUGAUCACAGUGCCAUAAGGAAUGCCAAGAAGUAUUUUAAAUCUGCAAUGAAGCUGGCAAGGACUCUAAAGGAGAAAUCCCCGUCUCAAAAGUCUUCCUUUCUAAAGGAGCUUAUUGACACAUACAAUAAUAUGGGCAUGCUUGAGCUGGAACUUGAUAAUUUUGAAGAAGCCGAGAAACUACUUAUACAAGGUCUGAAGAUAUGUGAUGAUGAAGAGGUAAAUCCAUACGAUGACACUCGCACCAGGCUCCAUCAUAAUCUUGGGAAUGUUUACACUGAAUUACGCAAUUGGAAUAAAGCCAAGGGCCACAUUGAGAAGGACAUAGAGAUAUGUAAAAAAAUACGCCAUCCUCAAGGUGAGGCAAAAGGGUUCAUAAAUCUUGGGGAGUUGCAUUCUCGGGUUCAAAAGUAUGAAGAUGCAAAACUUUGUUACAAUAAAGCUCUUCAAAUAGCUAAAUGCUUGGAAGAUGAGGAUGCACUAAUUGACCAAAUUCACCAGAAUAUUGAAACUGUUACAAAAGCAGCUGAAGUACUUGAAGAGUUGAAGAAAGAUGAACAGAAGCUGAAAAAAGUUGUCAGAGAUGCUUCUAAUGCUCGUGGGACAUCUAAAGAGAGAAAACUCCUCCUUGAGCAGCACACAUGGUUGGAUAAUCUUAUUGAGAAGGCGAGGAUGAUAUGUGCAUGGCAAAAACACAAGGAAUUUUCGAAAGGGAAAAAAAGGGUAGCCAAUGAACUUCGUGAUAAGGAAAAGCAGAGUGACUCUCUUCUGUCCAUAGGAGAAUCGUAUCAAAAGCUUAGAAACUUCAGCAAAGCUCGUAAAUGGUACAUGAAAAGUUGGAACAUAUAUCGGUCGAUUGGGAACUUGGAGGGGCAAGCAUUAGCAAAAGUGAACAUUGGGAAUGUUCUCGAUUCUUGUGGUGACUGGGCUGGUGCGUUGCAAGCUUUUGAAGAAGGCUACAGGAUUUCUGUGGAAGGUGACCUACCUAAUGUUCAACUUUCUGCCCUCGAGAAUAUGCAUUAUAGUCACAUGGUCAGAUUUGAUAAUAUUGAAGAAGCCAAGAAACUGCAGCUAAAAAUAGACAACCUGAAGCAAAAAUUGAAUCAACAUGAAGCAAGGGAUACUGUUAGUGACUAUUGCUCAGAAACUGACACUGAAGGUGGUAAUGCAUAUGACAAUAUGCAUGAUCCUAAGGAUGACAAUGGGCAGGUUGCGAAUAAAUAUUCUGAGGAACUUGAUGAUGAUGUUACUCUUGCUUCACUGGUUCACAAAAGCAGGAGCUCAUCCAAGAUUAAGACACCCGAGAUACGUAGUCCUUCUAUGAAGGUUGAUGAAUUAUGUGAUAUGGCCGAAGGCACUAGGACAGUUUUAAGUACAUCAUGUACUAAUCACUCUGUUGGUAGAAAGCGUGUUCGUGUGGUCUUAUCAGAUGAUGAGAGUGAAGAUAGUCCUGAAAGUGUUCAAUACAAAAAGACGUCCACUAAUCACACAGAUAGCAUGUCUGUCUCAGAUCAUGGAGCAAACAGCAACAGAAAUCAGGAUACUUUACAUUCUAAUGAAACCAGGGAUGCACCAUGCCCUGCUGAGGAGAGUAUCUGUUCAUUCAAAUCAAGUAGUCCUAUUGGUCAUGCUUUUGAAGGCGUAGAAUUAGGUGCUUCCAGUGUAGGAAAGGGAUCAGCAUCCAAAUCAGCAGCAAGUGGUUUCAAGCUUAGUACUCCUGCUUCAAACAGUCAGCAUGAAAGCCAAAAUGUUGGUCUUCUGUCCACAGAAGCUGCUCCUCACUUCUGGGCCUUCAAAAUUGGUGAACAUUUGGUUUACUUGGAUGGACGUGCUUGGGUACAGGAAGGUGCUUUUAGCAUUGAGUCCCUCAAAGUUGAAGUGGCAUGUGUAUAUUAUCUUCAGAUUCCUGAUGAGAAGAGGGCCAAAGGUUUAUUACCUAUCAUUGGGGAACUCAAGUAUUGUGGAAAGGCAUUGGAUGAUGCAACAUCAAUAGAUUAUGUUGAUCAACUUGCUUCUGAGCAGAAGUGUGUUGAUGUUGUUAUUGAUGAUUGGGUGCCAAAGCGGUUGAUGAAAUUGUAUGUUGAUUUCUGCAUGAAGUUAUCAGAAGCGCCCAAUAAGAAGCUGCUGACAAAACUAUAUAAUCUUGAGGUCUCUGAAGAUGAAGUCAUUGUUUCUGAUUGCGGACUGCAGGAUCUGUCAAUUACACCCUUUCUUGAUGCCCUAAGAUCUCAUAAAACAAUAGCAGUGUUGGAUCUUUCUCAUAACUUGUUAGGAAACCAAACAAUUGAAAGGCUUCAGCAUAUAUUUGCUUCAUCAAGUCAAACAUAUGGUGGCUUGACUCUGGAUUUACAUUGUAAUCGAUUCGGUCCUACUGCUUUGUUUCAGAUAUGCGAGUGUGCUGUUAUGACUGUUCGAUUGGAAGUACUUAAUCUAUCUGGGAAUCGCCUCACAGAUGCUUGCAGUUCUUACCUUUUCACAAUCCUGCAAAAGUGCAGAGCACUGUAUAGCUUGAAUGUUGAGCAGUGUUCUAUCACGUCAAGAACUGUUCAAAAGAUGUCAGAUGCACUCCACGAAGGGUCGGCCCUUUCACAUCUCUCAUUAGGAAAGAAUAAUCCAAUUUCUGGCAAUGCAAUGCUUAACCUUCUCUCCAAACUUUCCUCUCUGACAAGGUUUUCAGAACUAAGCCUGACUGGUAUAAAAUUGAAUAAGCUAAUGGUUGAUAAGCUGUGCCUUCUUGCACGAUCCUCAUGCCUAUCAGGAAUUCUGCUAGGUGGAACUUCCAUUGGACCGAUGGGGACAAUUAGGCUUACCGAGGCAUUGUCUUGUGCAUCUCAAGAAUUGCUGAGGUUGGAGUUGUCUAAUUGUGGGCUUACAACACCUGACUUCACACAAAUCUGUACAAAUCUCUCUCAGAUCAAUAUUCUUGACUUAAACAUUGGAGGAAACUCCAUCAAGCUGGAGGGUUGUGACGCUAUUCGGGCAAUGCUUGUGAAUCCCCAAUGCAGUAUUAGAUCUCUCACCCUUGACAGAUGCAACCUUGGACUCGCCGGAAUUGUUUGUAUUAUUCAGGCACUAUCAGGAAAUGACCAAUUGGAGGAGCUGCGAAUGGCUGAGAACACAAACUUGGCACUAGAGAGAACAAUGCAGUAUGACGAAGACAUGCAGGAAGUAUCAACUACUGAGCAAAAACAAUGUAACAACCCUGCCGUAAACAAUUAUAUAGCCCCAGGGAAAGUAGAUCUUGAGAAUAUGCAGGUUGCGGACAGUGAAGAUGAAGCAGACAACGAGAACCACCGUUCGGUAUCUGGUCCACAUGGGAGCUAUGCAAGUUCAUCGCAGAAAACCCCUUGUCAGAUAAUCCAAGAACUCGUGCAUGCCCUGAAUUCAGCAAAGCAACUGAAGGUGCUUGAUCUCAGUCGGAACGGUUUGUGGGAAGAGGCCAUACAGUCACUGUAUUCUGCUUGGGCUUCUGGUCCAAGAGGUGAUGGAAUGGCUCGAAAACAUGUAAAUAAGGAGGUGGUGCACUUUUCAGUGGAUGGUAUGAGGUGCUGCGGCCUGGAACCCUGCUGCAGAAGAGACUUACAAAUGUGAACCCGGAAGGCCUUCCAAUGUUAGAUUAUGGUUGCUCUCUGGAAAUAAACUAAACAGUGAAUUAACUUCGGAUUCGUUGCAACUUGUAAGAGGUGGGCAAAGACUCAGAGAAUUUGGGCUUCACCAGCCUUGUAAAUUGUAAUUAUGUUGACUUGCGGGAAUGUAGAUAGUACAUGCUUCCCAUUUAUUUUUUCAGUUAUGUCUAUAGUUUCAGUUAUUAGCAUGACUUUUGUCCCUAUUAUAAACUUGUCAUCACAGCAACCCUUUGGAGAUGGAUAGUAAAAGAGUUUCUUUGCCAAUUCGGAGGCCAACCAAA